UGCUCAUUCCUCCCUGUGCCGACUGGAUAGACACGCGCUUUCUGCUUUUUUUUUUUCUGCCUUGGCUGCUGGCUCUGCUCCAGCAUCCCUCCGUGCCUCUCGAGUGCCCUGCUCUCCCCAUCUCCAGCCUAUGUGUCCUCCUUUGGGGUUUGUUGGUCCAGCCUGCUUCCCUGGCUGCUGCUGCUGCUACUGCUGCUGGAGCAGUGGAUCUGUCCGUCACUGAUCUGCUGCGCCGCUACGACUUCGCCUCUCUUCUGUUCGCCUUCUGCCUCACUCUUUGCUUUGCUGGAUAAUCACCGCCGAGUCUGUCAGAGACCGUGACAGAGGACAGGCAAGGGAGGGAGAGAGAGAGAGACAGAGAGCCCGCACUCUUGGUUGAACUGCUGCAUUCUUCACUUUGUCUCUCCCUCUGCUUCCCCAUGCUGCUAGAGUGCAGCGCAGGGAACAAGUGAUCGGGAGGGAGAACCCCGAAGAGAUUUACACUCCUCUUUUUUUGCGUCCCGCCCCCCCCCCCCCCAUUUUCAUUUCUGGGACAGAGUGCGGAGAAGGAGAGAAGAAGGAGAGAAGAGGGAGGAACUGAGAGCAGGACUUCAGAACCAGCUACUCCUUGCUUCAGAGACACAUAAGACAAACACACUAACACACACACGCACACGCACACGCACACGCACACACACACACACACCUUUUCUUAGAUUGGACUCAGGUUGACCAGACUGGCAGAGGUGUAGGGAUUGACAAAAAUCCACAUAGACACAUAACAACAUAGACAGACAGUCUUGGUGUCAUGGCGUCAGUGGACAGCGACGGUUCGAGUGUCUCUGGUCGGAAGAGAUCAGGGGAUCUACUUCAUGCUGGGCUGGCAGUUGCUCUGCUGCUGGGUGUAUGGAGUGUUGGUGGACUGGAGGUCUCGACAGGUAAAGUGUCCUUUGUUGAAGCAAUGAAUGGCUCCACAGUCCUGUUGCCCUGCACCUACUCCUCCUGCAUUGGAAUCAAAAACCUCUACUUCAACUGGCACUUCAACAACAACGGAACCAUGGAAAAGUUAUGCGAAGCUGUUAUACACGUUGAGGGUGUGGAGCCAAAGGUCAGUGUCUACCAUGAGCGUGUGGAGUUUGUCGGCUCCUCAAAGAGCAACAACAUCUCCAUACUGCUUUACAACAUCACCUUUGAAGAUGCGGGAGACUACAUCUGUUUCGCCAAAAACCCAAAAGAGAAGAAUCGUAACCACAGUGCUAUCUUCACUCUUAUAGUGGUGGACCAAGUGACGGAGAUCGACAACACUUUGACAACCAUCAUUGUCUCAGUUGUGGGCGGAGUCAUUGGUUUGGUUAUCUUUGUCAUGGUGGUAAAAGCCCUGGUUGUUCACUUUCUGCUGAAGGAUGAUGAAAAGAAUAAAGAGUGCCUGGUGAGCUCCUCAGGGAAUGACAACACCGAAAAUGGACCUACAGGAGCCAAAGCAGACAACAAAGGGACACCAAAGGCAUGAGCAGAAUGCAAAAGUAUGUCUGUACAUAUGUUAGAACAACUUACACGCUCAGAGAAGAUACUGUUAUCAGUGGACUGUUAUAUCUUACUAAUGGCUAACUAAUACAUUGUAAAAGUCUAUUUUAAAUCAUGCUUGAGAUUUGAGAGGUGUGAAAUGUGCACAGGCCUGGAUCACCCUCACCUACAUGGCAGCCCAUUUGUUACACAGCCUCUGAUAUCAAAUUCUACUCUUCAUGCUACUGUAACCAAACACUUCACACAGAGUCUUGGGUAAACUGUCUCGGUGUGUAUAUUUGUGCUUUCCAUAUACCCUCUUUGA